AUGGAAGGAGAUAUAACAGAUAGGGAAAAGAGACUUCGAAGGAGAGGAGUGCUGAGAGAUGAAGUUAAUAGGAUUGCAAAUGAAAGAGAACUUGAACGGAUAAAACAGAGGGAUAGAGAUAUUGAAAUGAAACAGCUUAGUGAAUUAGAGAGACAGAGAAUUGAACAAAUUGAAAUACGAAGAAAGGCUAGACAUGACAAGGAUGAAGUAAAUAGACUUAAAGAAGAGGAAAAACUUAGGCAGAAACAAGAUGAUGAUCAAAUAAGAGAACUAAAGGAACGAAGGAAAGCGUUAGAAUUAGAGGUACAUAGAAUGAGAGAAACUGGCAUUGGUAUUGAAUUUGAAAAUGAUGAUGAACAGGGAGCUUGUGGAUAUGAAUACAGAAGUGGCAAGAGGAUAACCGAAUACCAGAGAGAUUUUGACAUAUACGAGCGGAAUACAGAUAGAGGACACACACUUAUAACAGUUGAUGAAUACGACAAAUUAGAUCAAUUAAGUAACAGAUUUGAAGGAUUGAGUAUGUGGUCAAACGCAAGCGAAGAUACUGUAGAGAAAGAACUUAAGUGGUUAGACGAUAAGGCGUUGCAAGAAAAUUGUCUGAAUAAGGUUAAUUCUAGGGACAGAAUUAAAAUGGAGAGAGAGAAAGUAAGAGAACAUGAUGAUUAUGGUACUAGGGACAAGGAUCAGUGUGAUGAUGAACUUGAAGAUAUAACAAAUUUAGAAGAGCAGAUUGAAAUGAUGAAAUUGAGAGAGAUGGAAAUGGUCAAAACUAUUCAGAUGAAGACUCAAUUAAAAGAAAUGAAGGAAAACGAAAGAUUGAGAGAAGAAAGAAAGAGAAUACAAACUCUAGGAAAACAGAGAUCAGAAUUAGAACAAAGUUUGUUUGACAAAGAGACCAUAAUAAGUCAAUUUGAUAAUGAAGAGAGAUUGAGAGAAGAAAGGAAGAGAAUACAGACUCUAAUGAAACAGAGAUCAGAAUUAGAACAAAGUUUGUUUGACAAAGAGACCAUCAUAAGUCAAUUUGAUAAUCAACCUACUAGAAAACAAUACCACCACGUCAAUAAAGAGGAAGCAAAGGAUUCAGUAGACAAUAAUCACAAAACGUUUAUGAUCAAACCGAAUAUUCCAAAAUUUUCUGACCCAAACCAAUUUAACGAGUGGAAAGUUGAAAUUGAAAGUAUCCUCGAGUCGAACAUUUAUCAUAAGGAAAUAUUAAGACAAGCGAUACGAAAUGCCAUAAGUGGAAAACCUAGGAAAGUAUUGACAACACUUAGACCCACAGCAACUAGCGAAGAAAUCUUACAAACCUUAGAAAGCAAUUAUGGUGAUAUUAAAAGUGGAGAAAAACUAAUGGAAGAAUAUUACAACGCACAGCAGGAAAAAGACGAAGACAUUUCGGCAUGGGGCAUCCGACUUGAAGAAAUAAUUCAGAAAGCCAUAAACAGAGGGGAAAUCCAGACAUGCAGAAAAGAAAGAAUGCUGAAAACACGAUUCUGGAAACAUCUCAGAAAUGUUGAAUUGAAAAAUGCGACGCGAUUGUUUUUUGAAUCAUCAAUAACAUUUGAAGAACUGAAAAGAAAAGUGAGAAGAGAAGAACUAGAGAUGAAGGUGAACAAAGAACCAGAAAUCAAGAAACAAAUACAUGUUCAACAAUUCGACCCUCAUAUAAAAUUGUUGGAUGAAUUAAAAGAGCGAAUUAAAUCAAUGGAAGAAAAAUUAAACAGCUUGUCAGAAGAACGACAAAGGCCACCCAUGGUAGCAGAAACCGGAAAUAGAUGUUACAACAGGGGUCAGUCAUAUAGAGGCUUUAGGAACAAUUCAACAUUUAGGGGCCGAGGUGGAUACCGCCCACGAAACAAUAGAUUUUUCCGUGGGAAUCAAACCUAUGAACAGAGAAGUAGUAACUCAGAGACAGGUUGCCAAAAUAAUGACAAACACAAGACACAUUUAAACUAG